CGUGAACGUGCAUACAGAAGGUAAACAAGAACGAGGAAGACCUUGACAGUACAUAACGAAUCAGAUAGCGUUUCGUGCAUAAUAUUUACUUUAGUUGCAUUUAAUGCCAGUUGUUAUUGUCAAGAUGUGGCGCAUGAUAUCACCCAGCUAAAUGUAGCGGUAAUGAGACAAUACCAGGAGUUAUGGCUAUAGGAGCAUGACGAGUUAUGCGGCCCUUUACACUUACGUAGCUACCGUACUGCGUGUUUACUAUUUGGUCCAUUUGGAUGUGUGUGCAGCGAUUUAACAACAUCGUGACUUUCUGCAAUGGAGCGAUUUAGUCGGGUAGGCCGACUCCAAUGGGACAUUCCUAUACACCAAUUAUAGCAGGUGCGGGGAAAAAAUAAAAUUAAAUCUUUGCAAUGGGACCCAUCCUACAAGAGCAAACAACAUCAACGAUCCUUAAAAGGAUGCAAGUAAAAGACAAGGUUAGAGUGAAAAAUGCCGAAAACACUGGAGUUGUUACCAGCAACAACAAAAGGGGAGGCAAGGUAAAUCAAAAUCAGAAACCUCCGAAAAAAACAAGCUCAUUGCAUAAGAACAUCCUUCCAGUCCAGGACAAGGAACACUUGUCCAGAACUGAAAUUGGACAAAAUGGAAAUAGACCAAAGUAUGUCAAGAGUCCCACUGCUGCCACACGUAAAAUGCUUGACACACAGGAUGAGGCUGACCUAAGACAUCCCAGAUCCAAACCCUGUUUCACGGAAUGGCAAGCAGAGAAGCAAAAGCUGCAGCCUCAACCCAAGUGCUGCAGUGAUCUGGAGCGGAGUCAUGUGGCCCAGGAAAAGAGCCGCUGUGCUUUAUCACUACCGCUGCCACCUCAGCCAACGCUGCAUCCUAUUCCCCUGCAGCAACACAUUCCUGACCUUGAGUCCCUGCGUCUCCUGGACCACAAAGAGGAUGACACAGACAGUGCCAGUGAUUUGUCAGACUCUGAGAGGCUUCCUGUGCUGCCCUCUCCUUGCACUCCACCCCAGCUCAACCUCCGGGCUGAAGUCAUCAACACCAUGGACCUGCACCCACACAUACCGGGCCCCAGAACGGUGCAGACCGAGAACGACAGCUAUGGCUAUCCAGAUUUCCUGCCUCAGCCAUUCAAUACAUGGAGCCUGAGGCAACUGGCCAUCUUCUUGAACACAGAGGGUAAACGUGCCCCACGGCCAAAGCCCGUAGGGCAGCUUGAGAAGUACCUAGAACGUCUCCUGCAGUUGGAGUGGCACCAGAUCCAGACCAUCCAGGCUGAGAGUGGGCGACCUGUCGCCCCCAUCAUUCGCCCAAGGGGCCGAGCUCCUACAGGUCCCCCGGUUGCCAGCCACCUCCGGCCCCACACGGCUCCUCCAACACGCCUCAGUUCCCCGAAAAGCCUUCACCAGAGUCCACGGGCUUUCCCCUUCUCCCUCCUCUCCUCUCUCAGCACUCCAUCCUCCAGCCACAUCUCUCGGCCUGUCUGCCCCCACUGCCACGUCCGCUACCCUCUCUGCAAUGGCAGCUGCUCCUCGUACGCCUACCAGCGGCACUCCCGCCUCAGCCCCUUGCUGGAGCGCAAAGCUCCACCUGCGUCUACCCAUAAGAGGAGCAACAGCGAGAGCCGGGCCUUGGCCAGUGAGAACCGGCCUGCAGUCAGGGUUCAGCAGCCCGUCAAAACGCAGGCAGGGAAGAGCCACCAAAAAUGUGUUCAGGCAGUAGGGAAAACACACAGGGUUUCCCAGGAGCUCAGCACCAAUGGCAAAGGCCAACCUCCAGCCAGGACAGGGCCCGCAGGGAGGGCAGCUGAGGUAGAGAGGCCAAAGGAUGCCUCCCUGGGAGGGAAAGGCACGGGUACUGAUAAGCGUAUUGGUGCUGGUAAUAAACGAGAGGGUGGUGGGAAGAGAGGAGAAAAAGAAGGGCAGAGGACAGAGGUUGGGAGUGGUAGUGUACGGGCAGGGGCUAAAAAAGGGCCCAGUGAAAGUAAGGGGCCAUCAGCUUCCAGGUUGAAUGGGAAAGGGAAAAAUGGCCAGUGUGCCAAGUAACUACAGCAUAAUUCCCCUAUAGGGUUCAUCCAAACAUGUGCCACAGUUUAGCACGCACAGCCUGUACCAAGUAUUUAUCUGCAAAAUAUUAAAGUUGUAGUUCCUCCGAUUACUUUAGUAGUUUUUGGAUGACAGUAACCCUGAUGUUUGUUUGUUUAUUUAUUUAUUUAUUUACAUCAUUAGAGAUUUUGUAAAUUAAAUUUUAUGAUAUUUAUAUUAUGAGAUUAUGUUGACUCGAUUCAUUUGCUUUUAACUUAUUUAGGGGUUAUUCAAACAUCAGAUAGGUCUUUGAAGUUGAAUCUAUUUUUGGUGUAUAUGCCCUAUAAAGGCUGUUUAAAAUGUUUCUUUGAAUUUUUAUUUAUUUUAUUUUUUUUAUGAGCUGGUAAAUUUCAGAUUUGAUGAUGUGAAAAGCAGUUUGUGUUCUGAACUGUUCGAAAUUUUGCUAUCCUGAUGGUAGUAAAGUGUCAUUUAAUGUCUGUUUUAUUUGUUAUUAAUAUUGGUCAAAGAAUGUAUAUUUUUGAGAUGAUAAAUGAUUGUUUUGUAAUGGCUACAUGUAUUUUUGUAAUGUGUUAUGUAUAAGGGCUUUUAUGUAUUUAAUUUAGGCAAUCUUUUUUUCUCAACAUAUCUUUUUUCAAUUGUCCACUGUUGCUUGCUACAAUCACAUAUGUAUUGCUUGCAAUGUGUGUAAAACUUGUAUAUUUGACCAUUUUAAACACCAUUUCAUAUUAGCUUGCCACAUUACAGUUCUCGUAAGAUGUAGUGGCAUGAUGAGGAGUAACAUCUGUACAUUUUAUUCUCCAUCUUGUUUACAGAUUGUCUUGUGGUAUGCUGGUGAUCUUUAAAAUUGAUUUUGUUUAACAACCUCUAUCUGAAUAUCCUAAUUUAUGUUUUUCAUACUUGUUAUAAGGUGUAUAAAAUUGUUCAUGUCCUUCAGCAUUGCAUGUGUUUAUCAGCACAGAAAUGGUAGUGACUGAAUAUUUGUGUAGGUUUAUUUACGAUACUUGAACAUAAAUAACGUUGGAUAGGGCCUGAUUUAAGUAGUAUUUGCUACUCUAUUUCUGCACUUAAUGUAUUUGGUAUCACUUCAUUUUUAUGUUGAUUUUUAAAUAUAUCAAAGACGUUCAUAAUGGGAAAAUAACAGCAAAAACAUCCAGGUUAUGCUUUUGUUUUGCUGAGACAAAAUUUUCCAUAGAGUUGAAUGCAGCUAUUUUUAUGAGAAACAACAAGUUUUUCAUGACAUCA